AUGACAAAAACUGAAGCUUCAAAUAUAAUAGAUUCCAGUAUAGCAGCUACUGUUGCAAGAUUAUGCACUCAUCCAUUAGAUACAAUAAGAGUUCGCCUUCAAACAGCAUCAAUCUCAUUUCCUAUUUCUUCUUCUUCCACUUUUCCGAUUUCUUCUGUUUUACCGAAAUCAAUAAUCUCCAUCAAAAAUAGUCCAAUAAUUCAAUUGAUUCGUACAACUCCAUUUAAAAGUUAUUAUUCUGGAAUAUCUAUAGCUACCAUUUUAGGUAUUCCCGCUUUAUCAAGUUACCUUUUUAUUUAUGAUAAUUCAAAAUAUUUUAUUUCUGAAAAAUUUGGAAUUCAUGAUGAUAAAAUGAUUAAUCAUAUGAUAAGUGGGGCUUUGGCUGAAAUUGUAAGUGGUGUAUUUUGGACUCCUAUGGAAGUAAUAAAAAGUAAAUUACAAAUGGCAGCAUCAAUUUCGAAUAUUUUAGAUGUUGUUAAAACUAGAUGGCAAGUUUCUUUCAUCCAUAAUAUAACCGGAAACAUUAAUAAUUUAAAUUUAAAUUCACCUAAAGAAAUUAUAAAAAAUAUGUAUUAUAAUGAAGGUGGAUUAAAAGCAUUUACCAAAGGUAUGGGAGCUAGAGUUAUGUGGAUGGUACCUGCUUCUGCAAUUAGUAUGACUGUAUUUGAAACUUUGAAAAAUAGAAGAAAAAAGGAAAUAAAGAAUAAUAUUUAA